AUGGGCAGGGAUUGUUCUGCCUGCAAACAACAGGAAUUCUGCAGAUGCUGGAAAUUCAAGCAACAUACAUCAAAGUUUCUGGUGAACACAGCAGACCAAGCAGCAUCUAUAGGAAGAGGCGCAGUCGACGUUUCAGGCCGAGACCCUUCGUCAGGACUAACUGAAGGAAGAACUAAGACUGGUAUCACACGUCUUUUUGAUGAAGAAUCUGAGAAUGCCUAUGAUGUCCGACUAAGGCUUUCAAAAGAUGUUAUAACAAUUCAAAAGCAAGAUGUUGUUUGUGUCAAUGGAAGUGAUUCUGAUUCAAAUCACAGAACUGUUACACUUCGCAGACAGCCUGUUGGUGGAAUGGGUCUAAGCAUUAAGGGAGGUGCAGAGCAUGGUGUUCCAGUUGUCAUAUCAAAAAUCUUCAAAGAUCAAGCAGCUGACCAGACUGGGAUGUUGUUCGUUGGAGAUGCAGUGCUGCAAGUUAAUGGCAUUAACGUUGAAAAUGCUACACAUGAGGAAGUGGUGCAUCUACUGCGAAAUGCUGGAGAUGAAGUUACCAUCACUGUUCAGUACCUCAGGGAAGCUCCUUCCUUCCUGAAGCUCCCACUAGGCUCACCAGGCCCAUCCAGUGAUCACAGCAGUGGAACAUCCUCUCCCCUAUUUGACAGUGGUCUACACUUAAACGGAACCUCUACAAAUACGGCCCCAUCAUCACCUUCUUCACCUUCUGCUAAUGAACCAAAAUAUGAGAAGCGCUGGUUCGAUGCCUUAUCGGUCCCUUUGUCAAUGGCUCGAGUCUCAAGAUACCGAACUGGAACAGAUCAAUUAAGGUGUUCUAAGGGGAAAUGUAGGGCCAGAGAGAUGGCAUCUGCCGUUGACCUGUUGCUCAGGCCUAACACUUUUGAAGUUGUGGCAUUGGAUGGAGUAAGCUCUGGGAUCUUCCAAUUCUACACUGCUCAAGAGAGUGCCGACUGGUUGCGAGCAAUAUCAACCAACAUCAAUGAUCUUGCCCUGCAAAAUAUGAAAAUGGCGAAUAAAUGCUGUUCCCCAAAUGACCAGAUAAUUCACAUGGGGUGGGUGAGUGAGAGGCUACUGGGAUCUGAUUCCAAUCAGCUUUACAAGUACAAGUUUCUGGGACUGAAAGGUUCAUCGCUUCACAUUUUCAAUACUCCACCGGUCAGCAUUCGGGACUGGCUAUGGGCUGAAAAGAUUUACAACCUCUGCGAGAUCCUUUGUAAAGUUCAUAAGAAUAUUUUACAGCUCUGGCUUGAUGAUGAAUGCUGGCUGCAAGCAAACUUAUAUUUAGGUCUUCAUCAGGACUUUGAGCUUCAAAACCUGAGGCCGUAUGGUUUCAGUAUCCUGGCUGGCCAAGGCGAGAACCAUUAUUUCUGUGUAGAGACGGGGAGUGAGCUUGCAGUGUGGGAGAAAACCUUCCAGAGAGCAGUUUUCAUGGAUGUGCAGAGAACAGGGUCAAAGACAUACGAGUGCACUUGGCAAGGACAAGCACUUUUCUUCACAAUAGACUUUACUUCUGGAUUUACGUGUGUUGAUAAUGACACAAAGAACAUUAUAUGGAGAUUCAAGUUUUCACAGCUCAAAGGCUCUUCUGAUGAUGGAAAAACAUGUGUGAAAUUGCUGUUUCAGAACACAGAUACAAGGCAGAUUGACAUGAAGGAAUUGGAAUUUGCUGAUCUGACUGCAGUUUUGCACUGUAUACACUCAUUCAUAGCAGCUAAAGUGGCAGCAGUGGAUCCCCUGUUUGUGGACAGCCAGAGUGUUGCACGGAAGUACAUGUACAGCAGUUGAGGAUAGGAUUUCAGCCACUGGAUAUAUAUCAUAAAGUAAUCACUUUAUGACCAUAUUAUGACCACUUUGAGCACCUAAUGGGAAUGGAGCCCAGACAGGUCAGAGACGAUCUGCACUCUGGCAAGAGGUAGUGUCAAACGGGUGAUGUGAUUUCGGCUGCAAUUUACACAUCUUUCUUGAUAUUCAUUUCUGUUUAAUGCAAAUGGAACUGAUAACAUCCAUUUUACACUUCAACCAAAGUCAGCUUUGUUCUUGUUUUGUUGUUGACAAUGAAGGGUUAAAUCAUCUUAAUUUAUAAUGGAAGUCAGUUACAUUGUUAGUAUUUGCAGCAUUGUUUAAUAGUUAUUCUUGCUUUUUCAUCCUCCUGAUACCAGUUUACAAAAAUGGAAAUCGAAACUCCAAAACCUCAUUGCACAAUUCAAAUUCAUACUAACAAAUACUCUAAUGUUGUUUGUGUUCACUUCCUUUCAUAAAAUAACUGUAUUUUGAUGUUUUUUUUUUCUUUCAUAUGCAUGUUGAGUGUUCAUUCUCUGAUUUUGAGUGCUGGUGAAUUUAAACUCAUUGGAUUAGACACGAUUCUUACAUUUACAGUUACCAUAACAAUGUAUUGUUGAACUGCUAUAAUUUGGAAUUCCUCAUCAAAACUGUUACAAAAAUGACUUUUCAUUUGAACAACAGCAACUUAUUUUGUGCAGAAAAAAUACCAUUUUGUAAACAAUGGUAAAAUUCCUAUUUUGAGUUAUAAGCUAGUACUCUUAUUUCUUACCAAAUG